AUGGAUAAGUCUGUUCCUGUACAAUGUGCAAAAGAAGAAGACAUUCUAUUUAUAGAAUCAUUGAAAAAGCGGUUCCUGAAGCAAAACCGUGAAAUUAUCAGAGUAAACACACAAUUAUCAGCUAAAUUGAGCCAGUCAGAAAUAGAAAUGGAAAAACUGUUGCAAGAUAAUUGUCAAUUGAAGAAUAAUCUCAUCAAAUUGGAAUCAAGGGUUCAAAUGUAUAGUCAGUCAGAAAGUCUUUAUCGUCAAUAUUUCCAAGAUUUUCAAAAGAUCCGAAACAAACUUUCAGAAGUCCAUCAUCUUAUGAUGGAAAUUGAUGAAAGAAUACUUCCACCUAGUGCGGCUAUAGAAUCAUUUACGAAUACCUCAUCUACAUUAAAUGAUGGCGUUGAUGAGACGAAAGGACAUUUUGUUCGGAGGACUAGAUACCCCGUGUUCAAAGAUUUUUCAGUCCCAGACCUGGAAAAUCCACCAGGAAUGAACUUGCCAGGACGCAAGAGCAAAUUUCCACCGUUACCAAAAUUACCAAGUAAAUGCAUUCUUGCUGAUAAAACCAACACGUGUGCAUCAAACUCAAAAACCAUGCUAAAGAAAAUGAAACCACCAACUCAUGAUAUUGAAAGCAUGAACAACAGUAAAGAGAGUGAGAAGGAGUUCUCACAAAAUGAAACAAAAUUCCCGUUGGGAAAAGAGGUAAUGAAAGAACAGGUGAAUUCAAAGCCUUCAAAUGUUCGUGUUUGUAUUCCUUCUAAAGCUUUUGAUAGUGUCACUGACUUUGAAGGUAAAAAUGAUAACGAAGCAGACAAUGGCGACUGCGAGAUGGAGUCUACUGGUACAGUGACGAUGAGAAGAACGGGACGGAGGAGACGGGCAGUAAAAUCUGUAAAUUAUGCUAUACCAGAUUUACGGAUGAAGCUGAGGAGAAGUUUCGAAUUACCAAAGGAUAAGAAACGAAGGCGGCAAUGUCGAAUGUAUACAAAGAAGUAGUAAAACAGAAACCCUCCAAAAAAAAAGAGAACCAAGAAAAAGAAGAUACGGGAUGAGGAGUGAAAUGAGAAUUUCUUGCCAAGAAAGUUACUUGAGGAUAAAAAGAAGAAGAACCAUCUAAAUUUGAACUAUAUAAAGAAUACGGAAUUUAUCAACUCUUAUGUAAAAAUAAUAUUGAUUUAUGUUUCUUACUUGAGAGAGAAAUCGUGACGAGUAUAAACAAGGUGGAUGGAUGGAAAUGGCAGAAAAAACAUGAAGAAUUGUACAAUGGUAAGAAAGGUAUGAGGAGAGAGAAUCAAGAAAUUGAACGAUAGACUUCUUCUUGAUUUACUUGAGGAUGGUCGGCGGGGUUGGGAGCAGACUGGUUACAGUUAGAAAAGAAUGAUUCUUGUAAAAAAAUAAAAAUAAAAAUAUAUAAACGAAAGAAGC